AUGAACCCUCUACAGGCAAAGAAAGUCGAUAUCAGUACACUCAAUGAGGAGGAACGUAAACUUCUGAGUAAAUAUGGUAAACUACCACAGCGCAAGGAUCUCCUCUCCAACAAGCUCAAGGAGCGCAAAUACUUUGAUUCUGGUGAUUAUGCCCUCUCACAAGCCGGCAAGGCUUCUGACGCUGGCAUCACCCAUGUCGGCAGUCAAUUCCCAUCACCAGAGACAAUCCCACACUCGCCACAUGCGUCACAGCAACAUAUGCCGCCUGGUACAGGUGCAUUUACAGGUCCGGGAAGUAGCAGCCCGGUCAAGGAGAGCUCAUUAUUGAAUGAGGAUAGUGUGCCAUCGCAAAGUACGGCAGCCAAAGCGAUUGCCGCUGAAGAACAAGCGAAGCAGGCGCGGCAAUAA